CUAACUUUCUGUACCAAAAUUUGAGCUUAUUUUCAACUCAUUAACUAUUUUAGAUAUUGCCAUCCUUAUUUAUGCUGGCUUUCUCCAUUGCCCCUUCAAAAAAAGUGCAGCAAUGGCGUUCAAUCAUACCAAUUAUUUGCAAUUUCUAGUUCUGCUCCUUCUCUCAGGCACCGCUUUUUCCACCAUUGUCAAAACUCUUCCCGGCUUUUCUGGUGACUUACCUUUCACACUUGAAACUGGAUAUACAAGUGUGGGAGAUGUUGAGUUCUUCUACUAUUUUGUGGAGUCAGAAAAAAAUCCAGCGGCUGACCCUUUGCUUCUUUAUCUCAAUGGAGGUCCUGGUUGUUCUGGUUUGAAUGGAUUCCUCUUCCAAAUAGGCCCAUUAAAAUUCGACCGCAAAAACUACACUUCAGGCCUACCGACAUUGCUAUAUGAACCCAAUUCAUGGGCCAAGGCUACCAACAUCUUAUUUUUGGAUGCACCAAUUGGAGCUGGUUUCUCUUAUGCUACAACCUUAGACGCUUGGAACACAACAGACACAAAACAUGCGCAACAAGUUACCACUUUCCUAAGAAAUUGGUUGAGUAAUCAUACAAGUUUCACGGCAAAUCCAGUCUAUAUCGGUACCGAUUCAUAUGCUGGAAUAAAUGCUCCUAUGAUUGCUCUUGAUAUUUUGGAUGGCAAUGAGGCUGGAGAUAAGCCAAUUAUUAAUCUCAAGGGAUUAUCGCUUGGAUGCCCACACACAGAUACAGACCUUGAAACUAAUGCAAAAAUACCCUUUGCUCAUCGAAUGGCACUUAUUACAGAUGAAUUGUUUGAGAAAGCCAACAAGAGUUGCAAUGGGAGCUAUGCCGUUAUCGCUCCAAACAAUACUGAAUGUGUAGAGGCUAUUGAUGCUAUAGAUGAGUGCGUCGAAAUGAUAAAUCGACAAAAUAUUCUCGAACCCGAUUGCGCUCUCCUAUCUCCGGAGCAAGCACAAGAUCAAAAGAUCCGAAGAUAUCUCAGAGAAAACACAGGAAAUUUCAUCAUGCAAUCGCCUCAAACUCGUGAUCUUUAUUGCCAUAACCUCCCAUACUUGUUGUCUGUCAUAUGGGGAAAUUAUGAAUCUGUCCAAGAAGCUCUAGGAGUUCGACCGGGAACCGUUAAAGAAUUUUAUCGAUGCAACAUUAGUUUGGCAUACACAGUUGAUAUUAAUUCAGCUAUUCCUCAACAUAAGGAGCUCACACAGAAAGGCUUGCAACUUCUGGUUUUCAGUGGUGAUCACGACAUGGUUAUGCCACAUAACGGUAUUGAAGAAUGGAUAGGCUAUUUGGAUUUGAGUCUUGAUAGUGAUUGGCGUCCAUGGUUUAUUGAAGGUCAAGUUGCUGGGUACACGAGGAAGUUUGACAACAGUGGAUACCGUUUGACAUAUGCAACAAUUAAGGGAGCUGGCCACUCGCCUCCAGAGGACAAACGGAAGGAAUGUUACAUCAUGUUUCAUAGAUGGAUUAAUUAUUAUCCUCUGUAGGAAUUUUUAGCUUCUCUAAGUAAUAAUUCAAAAGUAUCUAGUUUAUGUACUAGCUUUAUCCUCAGGAAAGUCAAUUUGUUACGGACAUAAAUUAAUUAUUGUAUCGUUUUAGUGUAACCAAGGGGAAUUUAGCUACUUUGAAAUAAUAUUGAUCAUAAGUUGUUGCUGGAGCA